AACAACAACUCAAGCAACAAACAAUAUGUCUGCAGCAAUCAACAACAUGUCAAUGCAAUAUGACUGCAACAACAACAGCAAUAAACAUAACAACAGUUACAUUGCCGCAACAAAUCAAACACUUCUGCAGCAGAGCAGCUUACAACACACUUCACUCCUGCAACACUGGUCCACCAUACAGCAAAAAUCCAAAGUAUCACCCUCGCGUCGCAUCAAGAACCUGCUGAAACCGCUAUUGGGACGCGUCUUCAAGUCGCGCACGAAAAGCCAACAGAAACGCAACUCUUACAUCGCUGCCUCGCCGAAUGGCGAACGCGAUGCCGAUUUCGAGUGGCUCGCCAACGAGAUGGACAAUCGUGCCAAUGAAGAUCUCGAGCAGCGGCUUGUCGAGGAGAUGCACAUGUGCGAGGAUGGCGCGGCUAUCGUUGUCUACAACGCAGACGGCACGCCUCGCCUGCAGACAGUGGAGAAGGAUGAAUUCUAUGUACCCGUGCAUUUUGCGCGCACCAAUGCCGGCACCUUCUUCUGGACCUCGCUGCAACGUCAGACCAUCGAACGGUACAAUAUCCAGUGGAACUUUAUGGAUCGUUGGGGGCAAGCAUAGGCCGCUUUGCUGAUGUUGUAAUAAUUUAAGCUGAGACACUGAAGUUGUAGGAUAUUGAAAUUACGUUCGGGUUUAAUGCAGAAAAGGGAUUUUCAACGGCUACCGGCGUCUGCCAAGCGGCACUCGCGCGCACGCUGCAAGCAGCAAGGUUUGGUCACUGCGACCUUGUGGAAAGCACGCGUAGACGGGAAAUUUUGGCAUCAAAUGGGCAUUAGUAAGCGCUGGAGUAGCGGUUGUGACGCAAGAAUAGACAGUGAGAAAUUGUAAAAAUGCUGUUAGGAAAUACAGCUGCUUUUCGCAAGAAAAAUAGCGAGCUAUUUUCUGUAUGCAUUUGUUAGGAAAUUGAAAGAAGUAAUUUUGUUAAUUUUUUGUUAAGGAAAAAAAUUAUUAAAAGUUGUAUAUGAGUAGAGCUCCUGUUUUUGUACAAAAUAAAGGCUGAGGGUCAAUCAAGUAUUAAAACUUGAAGAAUAUUUGCAUUUUUAUGGCAAAAAAUUGUAAAAAUAUUAAAUUUACUUAUUUCUCAAAA